ACCUGCCCAUCCCCUUCCGUCGCCGCCUCCUCACGCCCUUCCCGCCGCUACUGAGGGAGCGAGCGCGCAUCCGCCGCUAGCGCGUGCAGUCACCGCACGCGCCUAUCCACCCACCCCGCUGCUUUCCUCCUCCCCCUCCCGCCGCGGCGGCGCGCGCGCCCGCCCGCCCUCGCGCCCCUUGUCUCUCCCACCCGGCGGCGGCGCUGACAGGGACGGAGACCGGGACGGCGUUCGCCGCGGGGCUGCCGCGCCUGGCACGACAUAGGAGAAACUCAUCGAUUUCAAAAUGUCAUCAGUCAAACGCUUAGUUUAUGCAGUUAUCCAUUUCUUGAGAGAGCAGAGUCAGAUGGAUACUUUCACUCCAGAUGAACAAGAAAGCUUGGAAGUUGCAAUUCAGUGUCUGGAGACUGUGUUCAAAAUUAACCUGGAAGAUACUCAUCUUGCACCUCCACAGCAUUUGAUAGAAAUGUUCACAAAUUCUUUUCACAAGAAUGACAUGCUGCCUCUCUCAGAUUCUUUACCAGAGGAUGUUGAAAAGGCUGACCAACUGAAGGAUGAAGGUAAUAAUCAUAUGAAAGAAGAAAAUUAUGGUGCUGCAGUGGAUUGUUAUACUAGGGCUAUAGAACUGGAUCCAAACAAUGCAGUCUAUUACUGCAACAGGGCUGCUGCCCAAAGUAAGCUCAACAAGUACAGUGAAGCAAUAAAGGAUUGUGAGAGAGCCAUAGCAAUAGAUCCGAAGUACAGCAAAGCAUAUGGGAGAAUGGGGAUUUCUUUAUUCCACAUUAGGUUGGCUCUGACCUCAGUGAAUAAAUAUGAAGAAGCAGUUACCAGUUACCAAAAAGCACUGGAUCUUGAUCCAGAGAAUGACUCUUAUAAGUCAAAUUUGAAAAUAGCAGAACAGAAACUGAGAGACAUGUCCAGUCCUACUGGAACUGGACUGAGUUUUGACAUGGCGAGCUUGAUAAACAAUCCUGCCUUCAUUAGUAUGGCGGCAAGCUUAAUGCAGAAUCCUCAAGUUCAACAAUUGAUGUCGGGGAUGAUGUCAAACGCCAUUGGUGGCCCUGCUGCGGGUGUUGGUGGCCUGUCGGAUUUGUCUAGCCUGAUCCAUGCGGGGCAGCAGUUUGCACAACAGAUACAGCAGCAAAAUCCAGAGCUCAUAGAGCAACUGAGAAAUCACGUCCGGAGCAGAUCUUUCAGUGGCAGCACUGAAGAGCAUUCCUGACUUAAAGGAGGCAUGUGAAUUGGAACGGUAUAUAACCCCAAAAUGCAUACCAUAGUUAGUAGCAAAAGCACCAUUGUAACUCUUCUGCUUGAAUAGAAGACAGAAAAUUCUUUAUGCGUGUUUGCAAACAAGAAUAAAUCUGUUAAACAGAUCUAUUGCACAUAACUUGGAACAUAUAAUUUAUGCAUAGUUAUUCUUUUGAAAAUUAAUACACUAAAUAGGUGGUUUAUUAAAAUCUCUAAGUACAAGUCAUUCUCAGUAUGUGCAUUAGAUUGAUCUCCAGGGCUACUGAGUGGGGAGGAGUUUUGUAGUGGGCUGGUCUUGCGUAACAGCCUAAUUCUGAAGUCCUAGUGUAAAGGGCACAUAAUUCUUCUGGGGAAAAUCGUUAUGGCUGUACUCCCUGUCAAAGAGAGAAACAACAGGCCCAUCUGAUGUGCCCUUUUAUAAUAACCAAAAGUCAGUGAUAUAGAGUGUACUUAAAACUAAUUAAUGCUUGAAAAGUCAGUUUCUUUGAGACUGCAGAAGGGCUGUCGUUACUGAUGUGAAUUAUUUUUUCAACUUUUUGGGGCAGGAGGGAGGGAAGUUAUUGCAUAUGAAGGAGCCCCACAAAUGACAGAGAAAGAGAAGGCACUAAUCCUGUGUAGUGUAAUACACAGCAAACAAAAUGGAACUUGGCUUAGGAAAAAAGAGAGCAUUAAGUUUUAGGCUUUUCUACUGCCAUGUAUACCCUCAAAUCAUAAUGGUAGCCCUGAAGGUCAGCAUUAUGGCACUAUUUUCCUAGGUAUGGCAAACUGUAUUACAUUCCAUAUGUAUGCAGUAUUUAACAGAAGCUUAAAAUUCUGAACUGUAAUAAGCUAAAAAAAAUAUAGUCACAGGAUCUAAGUAACUAGUACUGAAAACUUGUCAAAAACUAACUGCCUCAGAAGGAUUCUCUUUCUAUUCUUGUGUGGUAAAUCACUGGCUUAAACAAUUAAGGGUGUUGGUUUUUUUAAGUUUCACUACAUAUCUCUAUCUCAAGUCCUGGUGUUAUGGCCAAGUUGAAGAUUUUUCCACUUUAGUACUUCUGCUCCUACCCUGGCUGUUCUUGCUCAGUUAAUCUUACCCCUUCACAGACCACUGCUUUUCUCUAUUUUUAUUAUGUUAACUUUUUAAAUUCUGCUUAACUGUUCACACUGCUUUCUGGUUCAAGGUACACUUAUUUUCACUCCAGGGAGGUUCUCGCCACUCACACUUCUCUCUUUAUGUAUCCAAACUAAUUUGAUGAGCCUGCUUUGAUUCCUACAACAAAGUGUUCCCUGCUGGCCACUUAGACUGGAGGAGGUAUGUGGAAGAGUAACACUAGACUCCCAAGUGGAGAAAUACAUAGGAACUCAUGGAUUCAAGACAUUUUUUCUCAUUCAACUUGUGGUCAAAAAAGAACCACUUCUAGUAGAAGCAAAUGCAAAAUUUGGAGCUAAGUCAUGUACUUGACUUUAACAAAUGCUUAUUGUGCAUCUAUUGUAUGAGUCUUUCCUUACUAAAACGUGGGAAAAUGGAGCUGUAUCCAAGGAGAAAUGAAAAGAAUUGGAGAAAAAACAACAGUAUGAAAUCUAUAUUACCAACAGUUGAGCAGAGAGGUAAAGCUUAGCAGAACAACUUCAAGAACUUUAAGACAUUUCAUACUUUAUUCAGUAGGGCUUGCCUGUACAGAGUGUUAAAAUCCUUUUAAAAAUUCUCUCUGUAAGUUGCUGUAGCUGCCUUGUUGAGGAUGUAGAGAUACUUAAAUCUUUAAAUACAUUUCCAAGUAACAGCUUCUGACUUAACAUCUUCGUGACGAAGAAAAUCCCUAACAGGAUCUUUUUUCGGAGGUAAUCCAGAUCCUGACUCUAAUCCAUGCAAGAAAAUUGCUACUUAAGUUCAGUUACAUUUAAUAGGACAGGAUACCAUUUAUGAGAAAUAUGGGUGGAUGCUGUAGGUGGGCUACAGGUCCUGUAAAAACUUUGCUUGGAGUAGCAUGCUGUAUCAGGAGAGAAGCACUGCUCCAGUGUAUUUCCUGUUAAACUUCAUGGUUCUUAGUUCUCUUUCAUAUUUCCAACUGCUCAAAGUGAGUUUUACAAACUUACGUAAGGGGAACCAACAAAUCCAGAGUGACUGGACAGCACUGCAACCUCUCUCACAUUCAAUUUAUCCUUACUUUGUGACAGCAGUCUUCAUACAGUCAGUUACCCUUCUACUGUAAGACAGAAACCGUGUCAAGAGUGUCUUAUGCAUUCCUUCAGAGCUACAAAAUACAAUAAUAUUCAAAGACAGGCUGGCUGUAGAAGUUGUACCGUCAAGAACAAGCCCCAUCUAGGGCUGGAUUUAUGGGGAGAACUAUCCCCAAGAUUAAAUGGAAUGAAGCAGUGGUUAGUUUUCUGAAAACUACUAUUGAAGUCAUCUUUAGAGUGGUAACUUUCAUUUCACAUAUUACGAUAUUGACAUGUUUAGAUUUUACUCCAGUAUAGAUAAUAUAUAAGCAGAGUAUUUAUUAAAACAUUGAUGGCAUUAGCUAACUCUUUAGGAAUGUGCUACAACUGGCACAAUAUGUAACUUGUAAACAUUCUUUGUUUCUUGUAUAUUAAGAGAAAGGGCUUUCUAGCCUAAAAACAACACAAAACCACAAACCAGUGAAACCAGUAACAGGAGCUGUCAUUACAUGCUUUUUCCAUUGAACCCAGGAACAGAGCGAUCGUCUAUGCUAAAGUCUAUUUUGCCUUGAAUAGGCUAGAUUGUUUCAUGGAAUCAUGUAAUACAUCUUGAUCACAGGGUGAGGAAGGACUCUUCCUGUUUAAUAACUGCACUUUACUUUCCACUAAAAUUUUUCAUCCUGCUAGAUCAAAUGGUAAACCACAAUCCCCAUAAAUACUGAUUUAAUUUAGGGUCCAUUGCAGUUUAUCAUUCAGCUGAGCAAAUAUGCAUUUAACACCUAAUUGGUUUUGUAUCACUACUGUUCCAUUAGCAUCGAAGUGUGAUAAUUGUUAAGAAAAUAUUUUGCACUCAAAUUGUAAACUCCUGUAACCUGCUUGCAUGGAAUUCUAUUCUUCUAACUAUGCCUGAUGAUAAAGACACCUAAUGAAAUAUUCAGCUUAGAAGUGUUUCAGUUGCACUUUUGGUUUUGUAAGAAGUACAAAGUAAAAUCACUCAUGCAUACUGAGAAAGAGCCAAGUCUGCAGCUUUGGAUUCAUGCACAGUUUCAGGCCUACAGAACAUCAUACUGGCAACAUGCAACUUGUCUACCAUUUUUGUAUCUCUACCUCUUAUUACCAUACGGUUAUAUCUCCCUUAACCUGUGUCAGUUUAACUUGAAAACAGAUUAUAAAUAAAGUUAUUUACAUUUUUUGUCUGGA